GGAUCUAUCCAUGCAGAAUCCCAGCACUGUAAGCUUUGGGAUGGAAAGCUAUAUCCUGUCAUCCCCAAACCAUAGUUCCAUAUGGUAGAAUCUUAACCCACCAAUACCCUGUCUUGGAAGCCCCCGAUGGACAACCCCCACUAUUAGCCUUUCCCUGUCUUAUCAGUAACCACCGCCAGCUACCCCGAGUCCUUAAGGAGGCUAAAAUGCUGAUAGAGCAACUACUUCCUGACUCUUAAGGGCAAGUUCUCACCAAGCAUCCUUCACCACCUACAGUUCCUCUACUAUGACAGCCCUCAGAUGACCGAGCAUGUGCGAGCUUGUGAAAAGCUGGGCUUUGUCUGCACACGUGGGACUGUGAGGAGGGAGAGCGACUCUGUUCUCUGGGCUGAAAGGGGUCAUGGACUCAUUGGGAAAGAUGACAUAGCUAAUGAGUCCUUUGCUAAUGUUUCAUAACAAGGUUUCUUCACUGAGUGCUGGGAGGAACAUCCUGCCCUCAGAGUAGCUAAGCUCCACUGGGGCUUCAGAACCCAUACGGCACGUUCUCUAGAGAGGUUCUUCUCCAGGCUGGACACACCCUUGGCCCCUAGUUGUGUGUUCCUCCUCUAAGACUUUAAUUAUGAAAAAUUACAUAUAAUAGUAAAAUAAUAUAUAUGAUAGUAAAGCUAAAGGACUUGUUUAGUAAACAUUCAUAUGUCCACCAGCCUUUAUAAUUCAUAUUUUGUCAUAUCUGAUCUUGUGUCCUUUAUUUACCCAUUCACCUGUUUCACAUUUUAGACUGAGGUAUUCUUGAGCCUGUCAAAGCCUUUGAUACCCUAGGAAAAUUCAAGCCAACUCACUUUUGCAACUCUGCAUACAGAAGUACCUUUUCUCUAUCCGUUCUCCAUUUGUUAUUGAGCUCAGCCUGGAGCGCAGUAACAAAUGUGCUGUGCACAGAUCUCACCUAUGGCAAUCUGAGGUCUAGAAACAAAUUUCUACUACCAACUUCAACCCAGCAGCGUCUCUGUCACUGAGAGCUAAUACUUACCAGUAACAUAGGUCUCAAGAGCCAGAUGCAUGAAGUUGCCUUGUGCUGGUAAGAGAAUGGCCUCUGUGGGCAAACCUCUGACUCCUCUUCCAUACUGAUGAGAAAUCCAAGAUGAUGUCUGUUAGGAUUCACAACCUGCUAGAACCUCCAUCCCUGGCCUUCCUGGCAGAGGCUGGCCACAUCUGGCCAUUCCCUCCACCAGUUAUAACACUAUGUUCUGAACAGGCUUCUCUGGAAGUCUAGUAUUCCUGAUAGCCCUGGGAAAUUUCAUAGGUCCCAACCACUAACCAGGUUGACACUUUAGACCUAGUUCAGCUGUAUGUCCUUGGUACUCAGUGGUCAACACUUGGAGUAGGAGGUGAUUCAGAAAGUCAAUAGGAAGCCAAGGCUUGGGAAGGUGGAGGUGAGAACUUCACACCUGGGUACUUGAUAAUUCCAAGGACUUUGGCCUGAGAAAUCCUCUCCUAAAAGCAGGUGUGGGUUAUGCCAAGACCACACAGCUGGCCUAGUCUCAGGCCCAAGACUUCUGCCCAAGGACAAGGAUACCCAUAAAUAAAGCCAGGCCAUCGUAACAUCAUUCCUUAGUUUUCACAAUGCUACUGCUCAGCCUAACCCUUAGCCUGGUCCUCCUUGGCUCCUCCUGGGGCUGUGGUGUUCCUGCCAUCACACCUGCACUGAGCUACAACCAGAGGAUUGUCAACGGGGAGAAUGCAGUGCCAGGCUCCUGGCCCUGGCAAGUGUCUCUACAGGAUAACACUGGCUUCCACUUCUGUGGUGGCUCUCUCAUCAGCCCGAACUGGGUGGUCACGGCUGCCCACUGCAAAGUCACGCCUGGACGCCACUUUGUCAUUUUGGGAGAGUAUGACCGAUCUUCCAAUGCUGAACCUGUGCAGGUGCUCUCCAUCACAAAGGCCAUCACACACCCUAACUGGAACCCCAACACUAUGAACAAUGACGUGACUCUCCUGAAGCUUGCCUCGCCAGCACGGUACACAGCACAAGUCUCACCCGUCUGCCUGGCUUCCUCAAACGAGGCACUGCCUGCGGGCCUCACCUGCGUCACCACUGGCUGGGGCCGAAUCAGUGGUGUGGGCAAUGUGACACCAGCACGCCUGCAGCAAGUAGUCCUACCCCUGGUCACUGUGAAUCAGUGUCGGCAGUAUUGGGGUUCGCGCAUUACUGAUUCCAUGAUAUGUGCAGGUGGCUCAGGCGCCUCCUCGUGUCAGGGUGACUCAGGAGGCCCUCUUGUCUGCCAGAAGGGAAACACCUGGGUGCUUAUUGGGAUUGUCUCCUGGGGCACUGAGAACUGCAAUGUACAAGCACCGGCCAUGUACACUCGGGUCAGCAAGUUCAACACCUGGAUCAACCAAGUCAUGGCCUACAACUAAACUGUCCACAGAUCCUUUCCCCACCUCAAUCCAAUAAACACACCAGCCUCAGUGUC